AUGUACCAUGGUCAAUUCAGGGGAUCUGAGAAUCUGACGUGGGUCACCGUUCGUCCUGCCAUACUGGUCCUCCAGCAAGCGAAGUUCGAGACUCAUUCCGAGGAGGUUCCGUUUCAGAGUGCGAGUACUGUAAUGGGAAAGGAUAGGCUUACCAAACAUCAAUUCGCUGCUUUAAAGUCGGCUCUUCUGAUCCUACAAGAUCCAUGUGGUGUCCGUGGGAGCUGGGGAAAUAACAAAGCUCUCUUGCGUCGGAACCGAGCCAAAGGUUUUCUACUCUCUUCAAGCAUGCAUUCUUACGGCGAAGGUACCCUCAUCGAAAGGCUGAGCAGAUUUUCUUCCGGGUGGUAUGCGGGUACAUUCGCUGCGGCGUGUAUGGGGCUGUGA